AUGAACGUCGCUCUCUGCUAUACCUUCAGCGAGGUCCUUUGGAAUGGGGUUAGCAUCUACCGUAAUCAAUUCACCUUCGUUGCUCCCAGUGACCGGACGCGAUUCGUUGGGGAUAGAUUGUUCUAUUAUGAUGAGCACGUUGAUGCUCUUGCUAAGACUAAGAGUAACGAGUACGCGUUAGUAACGACAACGAGUACGCGUUAGUAGUAGUGAUGAAUGAAUUAGAAUUACACACAUGCGAUUACGAUUAGGAGUAUAUGAAUUACACACAUGCGAUUACGAUUAGUUGUAUGUGAAUUACACACAUGCGAUUAGGAUUACGACCUUCUACGCGAUAAAUCCAGUAGUUUGUGCUGCUCAAAAAGGCUUGCUCAACCUCUCCACCCACUCGCUCCCUCUAAUAGUGCGGAAUGACCGAGCUAAUCUUCGUCGUUUUCAUCGCGACCUGGAUACUCAAAACUUUGAAAGACAACGAACCUCUGAUGCUGCAGAGCAAGAACGAGAUGCUGAUACAGGCUUACAGUCGCAUGACCAAAGUUCUGCGGCUGGCUUUUGCACUGAAGAUCGGCGUGCAAGCGUUGAAAUACCUCUACUACCCAACAACCUUUGGCUACAGCAUGCUGUUUAGCGCCUACGGAUCGCAAAGGGAAAUAAGCUUCUACGACCUCGGGGAUAGCUAUUGGUAUAGAUACAACUAGAGUGUUGGCGAGAAGAUAAUGAGCUUAAUAUUAAGCACUUUAUCUUGUUCCUCAUGUCGUCGGAGCGCGUCCUAGUUUCCUCUUCUCCUGUCCCAAGCUCAAUAGAAUGCCACCUCUAUUCCUCCUGCUCAAAUGAUGCAUUCAAUUCUUCUAGUUCUCCUUGCCCACAACUGCUUCCAGGUACUUCGAAGUCGUUCUACCACACGUCUUAGACUUCGUCGUUUUGUUAGCGUUAUUCCUGAUCUGGUACCCACGUCCCGAGUUUUCGCAUGUAGACACUGAGGAUUCCCGCUUAGCAACCCUGGAGAUGACACCGGAGCAUAUGGGAGGAAGAAACAACGGCAGUUUCGCUGGUGGUGGUUCAUCUGAUAUAGGUAAUAUGAACACCAGUAAAGGAGGCAUGAUAGAAAUGUCUGGAGGAGUCCCUGCUGGUACUCUUGGCGGUCUAUUCGCAUCCUUCACUUCCGGUUUGACCAGUUCUACAUCAGGCGCAGAUGGGAGAAAUUCCACAGGAGGCAUGCUUUCGUCCUCCUAUUCUGGUGGCGGGUCUAAGCCGUCCAUAGUCGCAGAGUUGGAUGAUAAUUUUGAUGGAUCAGGAAAUAGCUUUUCAUCAACGGACCAAAAUGAAACCAAUACUAGCGCAGCUGCAUCCACGAUUGGCACAUCCUCUUUGGCGCCAAAUCCAGCUGCACCGCAAACCGGCGUCGCGAACAAGUUUAGUGGAGGAAUAUCUUCGUCUUUCGGCGGUCGUACAGGAGCUGCCGCAGCACGUGCUGCUGCGAAAUCUGCGUCGUCGAUGAACAUCAAGUCGUCUCCUUCAAAAGGCUCAUCUAGUACAGCAGGUUCAUCUUCAGGCACCACAGCCAGUACUGGAGGACCGACACAACAAAUCGUAGGUCUAGUGAAUAUGCAAAAUGCGUCUUCAGCUAUAUCCUCUAGUUCAGCUCUGGCCGAUGCAUUGCGCGGAACCGCCAGUCAAAGUCAGCACAUGACCACGCGAAUAGUCCCUGCGCCACCUACAGAACCGGCAGACAAUUCGCACAUUGGCUUCGGUGGCGUAGUGACUGUGCGUAGUCCGACUGAGCCUCCGAUUGAUGCUGCUGCUGGUGGCUCUGUCGCAAGCGGAGUGGGUAGAGCAACUUUAGGGCUCUGAAGAUUUGAUGGAUUGCAAGAUUAUAGGCUACUACAAAGAACAUUAUUACAAUCAACAAUAAGUAUUUUAGAAGAAACUCAGAAGAAGUAGGCUAGUGAAUUAUAUAGCCUCCUUUGAUGGCUGAAGGUGCACAUUCUAACACCAGUCCCUCCACCCACCGGUACCGGACCACCCAAGAAGAUUACGGUUAGCGCGAGACUGCCGAAGAAGAAGACUGGGGCAGCAAAGCAAGAAGCAGCUGGCAGAUUGAAGAUUGAUCACUGA